UCACCAUCUCGUCGUAUCUCCCACGUCACACCUGUAGCCCUCUUCAUAUCGUCGGCCAUCGGUACAUCAUCCUCACCACCCUCCGAAGUGCUUCUCAGGUCAGGCAGCUCGGCCAACAAUAGCUCAGCAUGGCCAACUCGCGACUAGGGAUGAUGGGUGCCCCGGUCAUCGUCCUCAAGGAAGGGACCGACCAAUCGCAGGGAACACCCCAGCUGUUGAGCAACAUCGGAGCCUGUAUGAGCAUCGUCACAUGUGUCGCAUCCACACUCGGCCCCCGCGGUAUGGACAAGCUCAUCGUCAACGGCCGCCGCGAAGCAACCAUCUCGAAUGACGGAGCCACCAUCCUCAAGCUGCUGGAGAUCGUGCACCCCGCUGCAAAGACACUUGUGGACAUCGCAAGGGCUCAGGACGCAGAGGUUGGAGACGGCACGACUUCUGUCGUUCUCUUGGCCGGCGAGAUGCUGAAGGAGUGCAAGCCCUUCAUUGAGGAGGGAGUCAGCCCCCACACCAUCAUCAAGGGUUACAGAAAGGCCGCCCUGCUCGCUACGCAGAAGAUUCGAGAGCUCGCAGUAACCAUUGACAAGAGCGACAAGGCAGCCUUCCGGGAUCUUCUCAUCAAGUGUGCUGGGACAUCGAUGUCAUCGAAGCUGAUUGUGUCGCAGCGCCCCUUCUUUGCGGAGAUGGUGGUCAACGCAGUGACGAUGCUGGAUGCCGAAGACCUGGACGAGUCUCUGAUUGGUGUCAAGAAGAUCCCUGGAGGUGGGAUGCAAGACUCGAUGCUGGUGCGUGGAGUGGCGUUCAAGAAGACCUUUGCAUACGCAGGCUUCGAGCAGCAGCCCAAGAGCUUCACAGAUCCAAAGAUCCUCUGCCUGAAUGUCGAAUUGGAGUUGAAGGCCGAGAAGGACAAUGCUGAAGUGAGGAUAGAUGCCGUGUCGGAGUAUCAGGCCAUCGUCGAUGCAGAAUGGCAGAUUAUCUACAGCAAAUUGGAAGCCAUCGUCAAGACCGGUGCCAAGGUGGUGCUCUCGAAGCUGCCGAUUGGAGAUCUUGCCACGCAAUACUUUGCAGAUCGUGACAUCUUCUGUGCUGGCAGAGUGCCAGCCGAUGAUAUGAAGCGGGUCAUUCAGGCUGUUGGCGGCCAAGUGCAGUCUACCACCUCGGAUAUCUCGCCUCAUCACCUUGGCUCUUGUGGGCGAUUCGAGGAGAAGCAAAUCGGUGGGGAACGCUUCAAUCUGUUCGAAGACUGCAAAGCUGCCAAGACGUGCACGUUGAUCCUGCGCGGUGGGGCGGAGCAAUUCAUCGCAGAAGUCGAGCGGUCUCUUCACGAUGCCAUUAUGAUUGUCAAGAGGGCCAUCAAGAACAACGCAGUAGUAGCUGGAGGCGGAGCCAUAGAGAUGGAGCUGUCGCGCUACUUGCGAGAGUACGCCCGCGACAUCAAGGGGAAGCAGCAACUCAUCAUCUCUGCCUUUGCCAAGUCGCUCGAGUGUAUUCCCCGCCAGCUAGCGGACAACGCCGGCUUCGAUGCCACCGAUCUGCUGAACAAGCUGCGCAUGACGCAUGCGCAAGGACACAAGUGGGAUGGCAUCGACAUCGACUCGGAGGAUGUGAGAGACAACAUGGAGCAGUUCGUCUGGGAACCCGCCCUCAUCAAGAUCAAUGCUAUCGGAAGUGCUGCCGAAGCAGCGUGCCUCAUUCUUAGUGUAGAUGAAACGAUCAAAAACGAGCAAAGUGACAUGGGUGGGGGACCGGGACCAAAGCUGCCCCCAGGAGCGGCGGGGAAGGCGUUGAAGCAGAGAGGAAUGCCGAGGAGGUGAAGCCUGGAGCGGACAUAUCAGAUUCCGGCAGUAGUGUGGUUCGAUCAUCAACGCACAGCAGAUGCGAUCUUGUACAGACGAUGACAUGAAUGACAUUGAGGUAGUACUGCAAGAUAAAACGGAUGGUCUCGACGCCACCCGCUUCGAUCACAAGAGCUUCUUUUGCACAUAAAGGGACAGUAGCAGAAUCAGCAAGGUGA